UCAGCUUCUCUCUUCUAUUCCUCUUAAUUUGUCUUAACAGAAGCUUUCUGCUUCCUAUUAUUAAAGACUUAUUUGCAAAUAAUUAAUAAGUCUUUCAUUUUUCAUUUCCUUUUCCCUUUCUCUUGGCAAGAGUAAGCUUUUGUUAUUAUGGGGAUUGAGAUAGAGCAACCUUGUGUGGAGCUUUCAAAAAUUGCAGUUUCUAAUACUCAUGGAGAAGACUCUCCCUAUUUUGCUGGGUGGAAAGCCUAUGAUGAAAACCCUUAUGAUGAAAUAACCAACUCCCCAGGAGUUAUACAAAUGGGAUUGGCAGAGAAUCAAGUUUCAUUUGAUUUGCUGGAGAAGUACUUGGAAGAGCACGCUGAGGCCUUUACCUGGGGAAAAGGGGUUACUAGUUUCAGAGAGAAUGCUUUGUUCCAAGAUUAUCAUGGACUUGAAUCAUUCAGAACUGCAAUGGCAAGCUUCAUGGAACAAAUAAGAGGAGGGAGAGCAAAAUUUGACCCUGACAGAGUAGUCCUCACAGCAGGAGCAACUGCUGCCAAUGAGCUCUUAACUUUCAUUCUUGCAAACCCAGGAGACGCUUUACUUGUUCCAACCCCUUUCUAUCCAGGGUUUGAUAGAGAUUUGAGGUGGAGAACUGGGGUGAACAUAGUUCCAAUCCACUGUGACAGCUCAAACAACUUUCAAGUCACUCCACGAGCUUUAGAAGCUGCAUACAAAAAAGCAGAAUCCAUGAAAACCAAAGUGAGAGGAGUGCUAAUCACAAAUCCAUCAAACCCUUUAGGUGUAACAAUUCAACGCUCAGUUCUAGAGGAAAUUCUUGACUUUGUGACUCGAAAAAACAUCCACCUUGUCUCAGAUGAAAUCUACUCAGGCUCAGUCUUCUCCUCCACAGAGUUUGUAAGCAUAGCAGAGAUCCUUGAAGCUCAAAAAUACAAAAAUGCAGAGAGAGUUCACAUAGUUUAUAGCCUCUCCAAAGAUCUUGGUCUUCCAGGUUUCAGAGUUGGCACCAUUUACUCAUACAAUGACAAGGUUGUGACCACAGCAAGAAGAAUGUCAAGUUUCACAUUAAUCUCCUCUCAGACACAGCACCUUUUGGCUACAAUGUUAUCAGAUGAGAAAUUCACUGAGAGUUAUAUUAAGAUUAACAGAGAGAGACUGAGGAAGAGGUACCAAAUGAUGAUUGAAGGUUUGAGAAAUGUUGGCAUUGAGUGCUUGGAAGGGAAUGCAGGACUUUUUUGCUGGAUGAAUUUGAAUCCUUUGUUGGGGAAAAAGCCAACAAGGGAAGGGGAAUUGGAGAUUUGGAAUGCAGUUGUGCAUGAAGUGAAAUUGAACAUCUCUCCAGGAUCUUCCUGCCAUUGUGAUGAACCUGGUUGGUUCAGGGUGUGCUUUGCAAACAUGAGUGAGAAGACACUGGAAGUGGCAUUGGAGAGAAUACGUAACUUCAUGAAACGAAUGACUGACACAAAGGUGUUCUAGUUUACACUAAGGAGUCAAUUUCGAAUUCCUGUGAAUGCAGGGUCUUAGUGGAGAAUAACUGUGAUGUUAUUUGAUAAUUAUAUUUCAUUGUUACUAGCCUACUAUCACUAUAAUUUGUUUUUUCAAAUGGUUCUGUUCUGACCAUAUUGGUAAAUUCUUUUAUUUGUGGGUAUUAUCAGGAAAAUUUAACAGAUAUUCACGUGAAGUGUCCUAGUUGUUCUUGUUCUUGUUUGCUUGCUUUAACUACUUAAGCAAGUUCUUGGAAAGUACUCCUUUUGUAUCAAUAUUAAUGUGAAAUGAAAGAUGCUGUGUUUGUAUUGUAUAUAUGUACUGU